UUCAAGAAGAAGAAAAAUAUCAAAGAAGAUAUGAAAAAUGUAGCUGAAAAUUCGCAUAUUUCGGACUGGUGGCGCCACAUUUAGUAUUAAAGAGAUAUUAGUAUUCGAUGACAACGACCUCAGCUCGGUUUUUUGUUUUUCACGUCUUUGCUGGAUGCCCAUCAUAUGUAGCAACACUGUAAAAAUAGUAAACAUCUAAAACCGGUCAAAAAUAAAAAGUGAAAAACAACAAGUUUUGUCAAUUUGUUAAACAUUUUUGUAUUUUUUUUCAAAGUGAUUCCAUUGAAUGAAAAUGGCUGAUAAAUCGGAGAGUUCAACAAAUUCCGAUACGCCAACAAAUCAGGAUGAGUUGAUUUUAGCUCAACAAAGGAAAAUUCAGCAGGAGAUUUCAGAUACCAUUCCAUUAGUUGGGCCUCUAGACCAAAUCUCCUCAUUAGAAAGUGAAUAUUCGACUGAUACCAUUUACCUAGCAAAAAUCAAAGACCUGUCUUCAAAGUAUAAGUCAAUUCGAAGGACAAGACCAGAUGGUAAUUGUUUCUUUAGAGCCUUUGGUUAUGCAUAUAUUGAAAAGCUGCUGGAUGACAAAGAGCAGUUCAGCCUAUUUUAUGAUUUGGUUGAAAAGAGCAAAAACAGCCUGGUGGCUUUGGGAUUUCCACAGUUCACUGUUGAGGACUUCUAUGAUACAUUUAUGGAAGUGUUAAAAAGGAUUAAUGACAUUGAUGAUGCCAGUGAUGCCAAAAAGGAGUUACACAACUUGUUCAAUGAACAGGGUUACUCAGAUUACAUGGUUGUGUAUCUUAGAUUACUGACAAGUGGUCAAUUACAAAAAGAACAAAUUUUCUAUAGCUUCUUUAUUGAUGGAGAAAGAACAGUUGCUGAUUUUUGUCAUCAAGAAGUGGAGCCUAUGUAUAAGGAGAGUGAUCACAUUCACAUAAUGGGUGCUUGCUCAGUGCUUCUUACAGGAGUCAGAGUUGUGUAUAUGGACAGGGGAGGAAAUACAAGUGUGACAGAACACAAUAUACCACAGGAUAGACUAACUCCUGACGUAUAUCUACUCUACCGUCCCGGCCAUUAUGACAUACUCUACCUCUAGUUACCACAAAAAUUAUAUUCAAUAA